AUGGAGAUGAUAGUACUAUGGAAUUCAGCACUGAUCGGAGACAAUAAAGUCAGCACUAUUCGGUCUGACGAUGGAUCGAUUUAUUUUGCAGCGAAAGAACUAGCGAUUGCACUCGGGUAUGUCAACCAUCACAAAGCUGUAACCACACAUACGAGGGAAAGAAUGAGAACGACACUAGGUGAAAUCAAAGGGGUAUCCCAGUUUGGCCUACCCCUUUGCAAACCGGGUGGUGUACAACCCAAUAUGGUUUUUAUCACAGAAUCUGGUCUGUACAGACUUAUUAUGAAAUCAAAAUUACCAGCCGCCGAGGACUUUCAGGAUUGGAUAUCUGAAGAUGUUCUUCCCUCUAUCCGGAAAACGGGAACGUAUACGCUACCGGGAGUGAUGUCGGCUAUCGACAAUGUGAAAGACGAAAAAUUACGUCAGCUUUCCGAAGAAGAACGGAUAGAGGCACAUGGAAAACUAACGUAUAAAAAUAACUUGGUAAAAGAUCCGAAAGCAGUUUUACGUGGAAAAAAAGGUGGAUUAGCCGUCCAGAAAAAUAACAGACAGACUAAAAAAAUAUUACGUGAAAGAGGAGCCAGGAUUUUAGAACUCGAAGAGGAACGGGACGAACUUGAAGAGGAACGGGACGAACUCGAAGAAGAACGAUAUGAUCUUGAAGAAGAACGAGACAGACUUGAAGAAAAAGUACAAGAUCUCAAAAAAGAAUUGGUUGAACGAGAUGAAAGAAUUAACGAACUCGAAGACGAAAACGAACGACUUUUGCUCGAAAAUAAAAAUCUCAAAGAACAAUAA